GGUGACUGCGGGUCGGUGCAACUCCGCGAGAAACAUCAACUUUCGCCCGUGUGAAUUCCCUCAAGUAGAGGAUUUAACGUUUUCUUUAGUGUUCGGGAAAUGUGGGAGAAUACGAACUAUUGAAGAAGCUCAGGGGUCGCGGGUCGGGUAAUUCUGUGGCCUCUUACUGAUGAUUUAGGACCAGUUUUUGGAAAGAAUACACCCACAGCUGUGAAGCAGUGACAGACCGCGGGAAAAUGUCGUUACUUCCUGUGCAAUGAAGUGUUGGCGCGGCUUUACAACAACAGUUGUCAACAACGAGAGGAUACACAAUACACCCAAGUACUCAUUGUCGAGAAACUGAAACAAAAGGGUGUUUGCCAUAUUGGAAACCAUGGACACCAAUGUAGCUCCUACUUUCCUUGCACCUGAUGACAAUGAAGAUUCAGUGGAUAUUUAUGAUGGCCUGGAUAUUGGUUUUAGCAGCAAAGCAGAUAAGUCACCGCCCUCUGGUCUGAAGGAAUCUAUGGAUCUGUUUGAAGAAAUUAUAACUGAAGAACAGCAGAGCAGAGAGUCUUCGUACACUGAGCUGAAGUCCAGAUACGAAGCAGCUCAAAACCAAAUUGCAGAGAUGCGCAAGAGACUGGAGCAGCUGGAGCUAAAGAACACUGGUUUGAACAGAGAGAACUGCCACUUGAAAAAGAACAUCUCUGCACUUUUACAAACAGCCCGACUGGAGGUGACAAGAAAAGAUGCUGAAAUUCAGAGGUUAAAUCUACAGUCAGAGAGAGGUCGUCAUUAUCACCAUCAAAGUCGCAUAAACAAUCUGCGGGAUCAAAGUUCCUCCGUUUGCAAUUCGAAACAUUCUUCUACCUCCACAAAUUGUCAGCCUCCUCCAGCUCCACCCAGUGUUCCUCCACCUCCACUUCCACCUCCCCCUCUUCCACCUUUACCGACGUUGCCUCCCAGGGAGGACUGUCAGUACCGAGACCCCCCUGUACCAUCUAAGAAAAGAACAGAUCAGGCAGGGGACAACAAGGCCAGAACUUCAAAACCAACCUCUCAUACAAAAAGUUCCUCAAGAGGAGAUGUACCCGACAAACAGACUGAACACACCACCAGCAAAUCAAGCAUCAGUUCAUCAGCCCAACGUAGUGAAUCAGACCAACAGCCCAAACACAAAGAGGAAAAAUAUCAGUCUGAAUCAACAGGUAGGAGGCAUAGAACUGGAUCCCAGAAAUGGAUCUCAGAUCCCAGCAAGGACCACCCUGAGAAAAAACGAUCUCAUAAAGAUUCAGAAUGGAAAUAUGACAGUAAGUCAUCUAAAAGCAGGAACUAUCAUACUGUAGAAGAUAAACUCAGAAAAGCCACACCAGACUCUGAACCUAGCUCUAAAGACGGCUACAACCGCGAACACAGGAAAAACUGGAGUAGUGAACGGCACAGCAGAGGUUCAGACUCAAAAGACCAUAAAAAGUCAGAGCGCCACAAACACUCAAGAGAAAGAGAUGGUAAUAAACUUUCAAAGGACUGUUCAUUCAAAGAGGAAAGACAACGGAAAGAGGAAACCAAUAGAAGCCGUAAGAGAAGUAUAUCAUCCGAGAUGAGCAAAGAUAAACAAAGAUCAAAAGAGUCAUUCCAUGGUAAAGAAAGACACAAGAGCUUAAGAAGUCCAUCUAAAGAACAAAAUGUUUCUGGGGGGGAAGAUAGUCCCAAUAGGAAGCUGUGUUUCAUGGAGACAUUGAAUCUAACCCUGUCACCAAUUAAGAAGCCAACCUGUCCUUUUGAGGCCGGUCAGGAUGAUCCCAAAGCACAUGACAAUGGACCCGAAGGGGACAUUUUCCAGCCUAAUAUUGAGGAUAUGUGUGUCAUCGAUGAAGUGGACAGUAGUGAAUUAGAAGGUGGGCUGAAUAAUGGUGCAGAACAUUCUACAGAUACUUCCAGAGGAAGAACAUAUGAGAAGUAUGAUGAUGAGAAAGUUUUGACAGAAAAGGGUCAUCAUCAGAAUGAACCUCCGGCUGCUGAAAAGAAACCUGAAGACAAUUGCGUUCAAACUACCUCACUUAAUAUCCAAGGCCUUGAUACUGCUGAGAAUCCAGUGACUGUGAAUCUCACACCAAAAUUAGCAGAGGGGAAUAGUCCAAAAACAACUGACAAAGACUUUUCUCCUACUCAUAAGGGCAAAACCAAACAGACAGUUGAAUCUAGACUGUUGGUAACUGAAGAAGACACAAGCAGUUCUUCAGAGAAAAUAACUUGUACUGAUCAAUCUGUCUCUGGUACUGAUUCCUCUGUCUUCAAAACAAACAUAGAAUCUCCAAAAACAUCUGUGGAUUCACCUAUUGAAGAUUUAACUGCAUCACACUCACAAGUUUCUGUCAUUGGACACCUUAGAAAGAAGGAUAAGUCUGAAAUUCCACAAACAUGUUCCACUGUCCUGCAAGGCACAUCUCUGCUACCACCUUCCAGUCCACCAUCUAAGACAGAUGUUUGUAGAAUGCAGGACAUUUCCAAAAAUGCUGACAAUGUUUCUAGUACAAUAAACCUAGAAUCACUUCCACAAGAGGGGCUGAGUUUACCUGAGGCCAUUUAUAUUUUAACACAUUCAAAUGAAGAUGUCAGCAGUACAACAGAGGAAAUGCCAAUUGAGAACAAGGGUGAGAAGUAUUCUCAUCUCACUUUGACACCAAAGAAGAACUUCAGUCCUAGAAAGCAUCAUGAGUGGAAUGUUGAGCCUUCUAGUUCAGUACCGCUACUUCAUGAUGAGGACUCAAUGAUGCGAACGCUGAGCAAUCUGAAGAGAAUCCCUGAUGCUAUAAGCCCUCUAAGGAGCCCAGUACGAGUUGCCAAGAGGAGUCUGCAACAUGUUCAGGGCAAGCCAGGCCACGUCAAAAGCCUCCAGAUAGAAUUCUCCAGUACUGCUGUUGAUGCCACCUCCAAGACCGUGGAUGUAAACAAAGAAAAUAAGUACCCUGGUUCUCCACCUAAACAUGACACCCAGCAUUUGAUGGACAAGGUAUCUGACUUGCUUUCCACUCCCUCUGAUACUGAAUUGGAGGAGGGGGAAAUUGUCAGUGAAAGUGAUGAAGCUGCUGCAGCUUCUCCUGUUCCUGCAACAAUGAGGGUGAAGUUAGUGCGACCAGUUAGAAAUAAAGCCAGCCCCAAGCCUCUGUUAAAGAGGAAAUCUGAAGAGGAAAGUGUUCCCUCCAAAGAAGCUAAAGACACAGCCGGAGUGUCAACACGAAGUCCGGCUAUGAAAAGUCGUUUUAAAACAGUUUGCCCUGCUGAAUCUAAAGCUUCUUUUACCAGUAUAGAGGAUGUAAUGGAGACAUUCAAGUUGGUUCGGGCUGAGAUUCGAAAAAAGUACAUGAAACUACAUAAAACCUUCCCUAAGAAAAGCUUCUAUGGUGUAAUGGAGAAUUUUCAGGAGUCUUUUCUAGAAUUUGUGGAUGGAGCAGAUUUGGGUCAGAUUUGCUGUAAAUCUGGUGACUUGAAAGGCAAACUGAAGAAAAUGAUUGCAUCUGUGUUCAGCAAAGUAUUAAAUAAUGGGAUUGUGAAACGUAUCUUUGAGCAGCAGGCAGUUGACCUGAAACAAAAGCUGUGGGACUUUGUAGAUGUUCAAGUUGACUACUUGUUGAGAGAUGUUUAUGCAACAUUGAAGAGUCUUUGCAAACCAACCAGAGUUCCAGUUGAGUACAGAAAGUCUACUGAGAUAUCCAGACAGCAACAGAAGGAUGUUCACUGUGCUCCAGCCAGCCUGAAUCGAAUCAAACCAUGUGCUGUGGUGCCUUACAAAACUGGCCUCGGAAGCAGAGGGAAAGAUAUCAGAAUGACAAAUAUGGAAAAAGACCAAACUGUCGAUCCUAAUCCACUAACCAGCCCAAAUAGAAAUGCUGCGUUGACUCUCGUUCCACCCAAAAAUGUUCUUGGUACCCCGGACAAAAGUAAUUCAUGCUCUUUGGUUGUUUCACACAAUGGCUCACUGUUGGACAAAACAGACUUUGAACUGCUCACAGAGCAGCAAGCUUCUAGUUUGACAUUUAACCUGGUGCGAGACUCUCAAAUGGGAGAAAUUUUCAAGUGUCUCCUGCAAGGAUCCGAUUUACUGGAAAGCAAUGUGAUUUCAGGAGACCACACUGCCUGGUCCCUCAACACUCCAAGGAAGGAUGGGGAGAGACUCAUCAGCAUCACCACUCCAGCUAAAUUUGAUUCUCCUUCUAAACUGCUUUCACCAAACAAAUUUGAUACCCCCUCCAAACUUAUCACAACAUGGUCCAGCAUUUCACCUCGCAAGGUCUCAUUUCCAAGAUCCAAGGACCAGGUUCAGCUGAAUCCGGCUUUUUUUGAUGAAAGUUGUUUAUUAGAAGUGCCAUCAGAGAGCAGAUCAGUGCUGGGUGCACAGAGGUCUUUCUCCAUUCUAGCUGAAGAUCUGGCUGUGUCCCUCACCAUUCCAUCACCUCUCAAAUCCGACAGUCACCUUAGCUUCCUUCAGCCGCAAAGCAUGCACUUCAUGUCCACACCGGACAGUGUUAUCAGUGCUCACUUUAGUGAGGAUGCAUUGCUUGACGGGGAAGAUGCCACAGAGUAUGACAUCCACUUAGCCUUGGACACGGACAACUCCAGCUGUGACUCCAGUAGUAUCACCUCGGAGACAGUGGAUACUCCUUUCCCCUUUAAGCCGGACUUGCCCAUGCAGGCACUAGUGAUGGAAAAGUCCAAUGAUCAUUUCAUUGUGAAGAUCCGUCAAGCAGCAGGAAGUGCAGAUACCACUUUGAUAGCCAAUGAAAGCCUCAGUCGGACAUUAACAGAGGAGGACCAGCACUGUGAAGGAGAAGGUAUGGAUAGCACCAGUCCAUGUAUAGUGAAACCACCAGACAACAGUGUAAACUCUGCAAUGUUCCAGAGGCAUCUCAGCCCAACAAAAGGUUCAGCUGACAAAGUUCUGUUAACACACCGAAUCACCUCAAAGGAUGUUUUUUCAGAGGAAGCACAGAAACUGUCCAAGUCUCCACAAACAUGGGACAACACUGGGCACAACGUUGGUCGAAGCUCUAAUCAUUUGUUUGUGCUAAGCCAAGCAAACACUGAAGAAGGUAUUGCAACUGAGAGACAAACUUGCCACAAAGAAAAAGAUGAGGCAAAUCAAGAAAGUCCAUCAAAAGCUAUUGUGUCAGAAUGUCAAAAAAGAAUCAGUCCCUGUAAAAGUGCCUUGGCAGAUUACAGUGUGCACGCCACCGCUGAAUGCUUUGAAAUACCUCAAAAGAGUCAGACCUUGGCACUACAAACUUUUGAUUCAGAGAGAGAUGAAAUGGAGGUGACAGAUUCAGACACAAAUCUUAUAAUAGCAGAGGAAAGGACAGAAAAUGACCAGAGGGACGGAGACAGAAAGCGAAAGAGGAACCAAGUAAAAUCAAAAGCUAAGCGGUCAAGAAAAGACAAAAACAACAGUACAGAAGAGAUGGUGUCUAACUCCAGCCAAGACAACUGUGACAUCCUGUCAUCACCGUCGCUUUCACCUAACAGUCUCUCUGCUAAGAAUGUCAUCAGGAGGAAGGGUGAGGUGGUUGUAGCAUGGACCAGAGAUGAAGAUCGAGCCAUUCUUAUUGACCUCAAGUCAAAAGGGGCUUCACGCGAGACUUUUUCAGCCUUGGCAGAAAAAUUGAAUAAGCCAUCUGCUCACGUUGCUCAAAGAUUUUACCAACUUAUGAAGCUUUUUAAGAAGCAGGAGAAGAUGGAGACCUGAGACCUGCUGACUGCAUUAGCUGGUUUAUUAAAACAAUGUUCUGUAUUAAGAGCAUUUCAACAUGAUGAGGCACCAAAGCUGGGAUGGAGGCUGCUACUGGAGUGACGAAAACCAGGAGGUUUUAAUCACUUUUAGUCAGUUACUUGAAUAACCAUCACAGAGGUAUUCCAACAACAUCUGAUGCUCUGUGUACUGUGAUCUUCAGCAGAAAACAGAGUUGCUGCCAGUGAGAGUAUUGUGUUCAGUCUAUCGGUUUAGUGGUGUGAACAGAUGAACGGUGAAAUACCAAUGUUCUUUGAUGCACUUUUGGUUUUAAUAAUCCACAUUAUCACUACUUUUUUUUUUUUAUACUCGACAUGCCAUAUAAAUUUUCCUCUGUCUACAAGAUCACCUCUUGCAAAAAUAUUGGAGAAAUAUUGAUGUGGUCAAGAAAGCACCUGUCAUAGGGCUAGGAUAGUUCCUGGCUUCAUUGCUAAUAUUCUAUCUUUUCCCUUUCACCAAGUGGUUCUCUAGUUCCCAGAAUCAGCAGAGUCUGAACUUUCAACCCACUGGAAAACCUUGGCCUCUGGAGCUGACUUUUAGAAUACAUCUAUUAUCUUUGAAAUCUAAUAUUAAUGGAUGUUCAAGUGAGAUGUCUGCUUGAUUAAUUUGAAGGUUGUUAAAAUGUUUACAUGUCUAAUUCAUGUACAAGAGUGUUUUUUUUUCUCUUGUUUUAAUGUAUAUUAAUUAAACCUCUGACUUGUC